UGCACGAUCACCACCCCGGAAACCAUAUAGGUAGCGCAAAGUAUCGUCGUAAGGGGAUCAUGCUGACUCAGCCGUAACUCAGACUCUAGACUACAACUGAACUGACGCCGAUAUGAGCUGCACUUGGCGCCAAGGGAGAAAGUCAUGAGGGAAACAAACGAUGCAAGCAAGUGAGAAUACCUAUAGCCGGCGUUUCUGCCCACGGCUCCAGUAGCUGCUGGAUUGCUGCUCCUCUUCUCAUCGUCCAUCGUCCAUCGUCCAUCCCUCCUACAUUCUUCAUCACCGGGUUACCUAGCAAUUUGGUUUGCAUCGGCGCUAUUAUGAAGACCUCCUUGUUGUUUCUGCUCGUGGCGGCUUUUCGCCGCGCCUGUGGUACCCCCAACCCGACGCUUCAAUGGGAUCCAGAGACGGCUAAAGACUGCAUCGAAUGGUACAACAACAGCGACGGCGAACCGUGCGAGUACGUACGCAGUUUGUUUGGGAUCACCCCCGAAGAGUUCCAUGAAUGGAAUCCCUCCGUCGGUCUUGACUGCCAGCCAUGGGAGUAUCAGUCGUACUGCAUCGUUACCAUGGAGAAGAUCAACAACACAAUCACCACCACUUCAUCUUCCUCCUCGACAACGACGGUCUCCACUAGCUCGGCGGUCACGCCCGGACCCUCACCCACCUCUUGGACCGAUAUGGGCUGUUACGUCGAGGACCCGGCGCUGCCUAUCCUCGAGGAGAACUUGAGCCCCAAGGGCGGCGACACAGCGUUGACUAUUCCCAAAUGCGAGAACGCGUGCUACCUCAAGGCGUACGCUUUCGCGGGCGUGGAGGAGGGGAACCAGUGCUGGUGCGGCAGCUACGUGGGCGGCGAGUGGGCGAGCAACCAGACUUACUGCAACACCACCUGCACCGGCGACAGCAAAGCGUUCUGUGGUGGCAAGGGACUGGUCAACGUCUUCAAGGCCGAACAGAACGAGGCGUCUGGUAACACUACUACUACUGCUACUACUACUACCGGGGCCUCCAGUACGACUACGGCAACAGGAUCUACUAUCAGCGAAACUCAGUCGUCCGGGGCAAUGAGGAACCUAGCAUUAUUUUGAAGAACUGGGGUUGACCUGAUUGUCUCUUUCCUUGUUUUCUGUGUACAUAGGCAAGCCUAUGGAACAUAUGGCCAUUAGGAUAUCUGGCUGUCUGGCGCGUUAUAGAAGGACACAGGGGGCGAAGGGGGGGUUACCUAAGCAAUCCAAUGCAUUAUGAAGAAAACUGACCCCAAGUUCUAUUCAGACCCAGGCAAUCAUGUGACUGUUAGGGGGUGCGUGUGUGCUCUUAACUAAUAAUACCGAGGCCAUUCCCGUAGGCAUUAGCUCGCGCUUGGCAGCUGACGGGCUGAAAUGCGAGCAACGGUAUUUUGCGGCCUCAAACAGACUUCUAAUUUAUAUGAAUUCGGACUUAUGUAUAUCCUGGUCCUAGAGUGGUCUUAUUAUAGAUAUCAUAAAACAU